AUGGCGCAACGAGGAGCCCGUGGUGGUGGUCGCAGUGGUAGUCACAUUAGUGGUCGUGAUGCUGGAGAUAGAAAUGCAUCCCAAUCAUACAAUGAUGCAGAAAGUCAACCUUCUUCUUCAGUUAGAGGAUCAAACAUCUUAGAACAAGUUCCAAGUAACCCAUCAAAAAGGAAGUUCAUUGAAGUCGAUUCUGAAAAGGAAUUUACGGAUCAGAUUUCAGUGAUCAGAGCCAUCACAUGUAUACUGAAGACGAUGUUUGACGGCCCAUGGACCUCAUGGAAGAAGGUUGACAAAGAACAUCGUGAUGCAAUGUGGGAACACUUCAAGGGUUUGUAUGUUUGGCCCGAAGAGACUGAUGUUCUUGCUCGCAAGGUAUGGGAAGACUGUAUGAAGAAACGAUUUCCUGACGUAAUGCGAAGAGCACGUGAAGCAUCUUUAAAACUUGCCAAAGCUGCAAAUGUGAAUGCCUCACUAGAAGGUGAUUUAAAUUUGCUAAAGGACUAUCGCCCAAAUUGGAUAAAAAAGGAGUAUUGGGAAAAAAUGAUCAAUGAAGUGUGGACCACAUCCAAAUGGAAACGUUUAUCACAAUCAGGGAAAAAUAACAGAAAUAAAUUAGAAGAUGGCUCUGUUUCCAAACAUACCGGGGGUUCUAUAUCUAUUCGUCAACAUAAGAAAAGAAUGGUAAGAUGUUUGCAUCUCACCAAGCAAUUUAAACGCCCUCCUACAGGAGUUGAACUUUAUGCAAGGUUGCACACUAAACGGUCUACUCAAGAGUACAUUACACCAAAGGCAGCUAAAGUUAAGGAGGCUUAUGAAAGUGCUAUGGUGGCUAAGUUUGGUGAUGAUACUAGUUGCCACCCCCUCUUGGAUAAUGAAACAUGGUGUGAUGUUUCCGGAGGAGUCAAGAAAGGAAGAAUAUAUGGAUUCGGAUCUGUGUCUGAUCCAGCGAGCUUUUUGGAAGGAACAUCUAGUACAAUAACAUCCCAAGAGGUUGUCUAUGAACGUGUACGAAACGAGAUGCGUGGCGAAAUGGAUGCUAAAGCUGCAGAAAUGGAAGCUAAACAUCAACAAAUGCGUGAGGAAAUGGAUGCCAAAGCUGCAGCAAUAGAUGCCAAACAACAACAAAUUGAUGCAAAAUAUGAAGCAAUGGAAAAGAUGUAUGCAGCCUUGCAAAAUAUGAUGGGAAAUUGAAAAGUAAGGAAUGAGAACCGAAGAUGAUUGGAUGGACAUGAAACGAAGAUAGCAGCUAAAAUGUUAUUUUGAAGGUUAAACUUUUUUCUGUUUGUACCUCUUUUGCAUACUUUGGAUUUCUUGGUUCUAAAAUGUUAUUUUGAAGUUAAACGUUGGGAGUUUGAUGUUAUGUGGAUAGUUUCGUUUUUGGAUGUUUCUUGAAUGACACUUUGGUAAACUUUGAUAAUUUUGGUAUUGUAAUGCUUGGUUGUAUCAUUAUUUGAUGUUCUUUAGUAUAAUAAUUUGAUGAUUGUAGUAUUUUUUUUCUUUUAGAAUCAUAAUAAAAAAAAAUGAUAUUACAAGUUCGUGGUGAGAAAAUAAAAAGUAUUUUAAUGCAUGAAUUUUGCGAGGGAUUAGCUACGGAAAAAAAAAAUCAUGUCUAAAGUGCGACGGAUCAGCGACGGAAAGGAAAAAAAAUUUAAUGUAUGAAUUUUGCAAGGGAUUAGUGAUAAAAAAAUUCAUGUCUAAAGUUUGCGAUAGAUCAGCAACGGAAAAAAAAAUAGUGUAUGAAUUUUGCAAGGGAUUAGCUACGGAAAAAAAAAAACUGUUCAUGGAAAUUUGCGACAGAACAGCGACGGAAUGCAUUGAGUGACAUUUAGUGACAUUUAGCGACAGAUAUUCUGUCGCUACCUUUGUGGCAAGGAAAAACCCAAUCCGUCGCUAAAACCGUAGCUGAGAAAUUAGCCACCUUUUUAUUACCUAUGGAGUGAAUCUGUCGCUGAUCCAUUGCAAACAGCAUUUAGCGACGGAAUAGCGACGGAUUUUUCCGUCGGUAAAACCCAUGUUUCUAGUAGUGUUUUGUGUUCAUUUUCAUUUACCAAUUAAAAAUACUAAAAACAUGAUGACCUUAAGAACGCAAAGAACAAUCAUCUUCUUCCUAACCUAAAUAUUGAUUUUUCAUAUACAUAAACCUUCAAAUCCAUAAGUUUUUAUCUUUGCAAAUCAUUGUUGAAUCAUACUUUGCAAGUUGAAUUGUUGUUAACGUUGAGCAAAUAUGAUCAU